GCAAAUCGUAUGCUUAUAUUUUGAAGUCCCCUCACGUGUUUCCGCUCAUCUUGGUGGAACUUUCAGAAGGACAGAGUGACACAAUCUCUCUCUCCCAUCAGAGGGUGGCGCUGUAGGUCAGAGAAAAAAGACGUCAAGCUGUAUACCCUGUGAGAGGCCAUGUACCCGGUCGAUCUUCCAGCUGUGGAUGACACUGACCUGACAUCAGCAUCUGAACACUACCUCUCUUCUUUGGAGUCAAGACCUCCUACUAAUGAGUGGUUUCCAUUAUCGCACACUUCAAAGGUAGCGAUAACAACAAACAAUGUAAGGCGGUUGCAGCUGUUUGAAGAUGACCAAUCCGACUGUACACUGCUGGCACUUCACCCUCCUGAUGAUCCAACACAAGUGGUGGCUUUAUACCUGCAUGAGAAGUGGUGGUGUGUGGAUGACAUCUUGCUAACGUGCAGCAAGUCCAGAAGAGGCUUGAUUUCGGUGCAGUCGAUAGUGGAGAGAGUGAUCGUGUUCCUGCUCAGUCAGGUAGUGGAGAGGUCCUCUCAGGAGAAGGUGUUGUUCUCCCUGCACCCCCGCACAGAGAACUGCAAACUGUUGUGGAGAGACAGCCAGGCGGUCGCUUUCUACACCAUCAAACACAAAGGCAGUCGGUGUGACGGCUGGAGCAGUCGCUGCUACCUGCUGCCUACUCUGGACACAGUGCUGGUGAGGAGGAGCUGGAGGAGGAGAGGCUUUGGUCUUCAGAUGCUGAAAGAUUUCUGCUCCUCGUUCUCCACAGAGAAGUUUCUGGGAGUCAGCUCUCCAUUGUCACCGAGCAUGGUGGCAGUGUGCAGGAGCUUCCUGCAGCAGCACGAGGAACAUGUGGACACUCUGUAUGAGGUGGAGGCUCCAGGGGGCUGGACUCAACGACGCAACAUCUGGCUCAGCAUCCAGCUAGGCCGCUACUCCGUCGGUAUAAGUGAGGAGAGCAGUCCAACAUCAGGAGAUACACAGAGGAAUAAAGGACAUGACUCCUCUCAGAAGACAUACGAUUGUAGACUGAACCCCACCUCAUUGAGCAACUCUAAUGGGAACAUUCCACUAGCAAUAGGCUCCCCUGUACAGAAAAAGAAACCUUGUGAUCCAAGCCGAGGAGGAAGCUCCCCAAGCAACAAGAUCUCUGCAACAGGAUGUAGCCCUGCAGCCCAUGCUGAUGAUCUGGACUCUGGACCUCCCAGCAGACCACCACAGUCCCUGAACAAAAAACAGGCUCUGAAAGCCAAACCCUCUCUGCAGAGCCUCACUGAGAGGUAGAGAAAACACAAAGCAAUGCCAAACGAGUCCGAAGGACAUGAGUAUAUAGACACAGGCAUUGUGUGCAACAGUAGUAACUGUUUGUACAGAUUAAAUGGAUGCUUUAUCCACCUAAAGUUCCAUGAUUUCUACUGUGUUUAUGAGAUAAAGAUUACAGGACCUUUUAUACUGAUAUAUAGAUACAUUGACAGUACAAUGUGAGUACUAUCACAACGCUUGCAAUAAACUGUUUUAGUACGAUAAGACAGUUUGGUUUGUUUUGCAGUGUUACACUUACCCACCAAAUAGAGGUUGUUGGUGUUGUUUCCUUUUGAUUUAAAGGCCGUGCUCACACAUGGUAAACACACUUAUUCUGGCUGAUCAGACCUCCUCUCAGGACUGGUUGGGAAUGUACAAACUAUCCUUCAUUGGAAUCUCCAUCACUUUCCUGUGACCUUUGUUUAUUACUACAGAGUUUGGUGACCUCACAUACUUGGGAAUGUACAAACUAUUGUUGGGUUUUUAGGCCCAAAGGGC